CAACACUUCACCUCUGACUCUGUCUCACUGAGCUGUGAGGGAAACUCUACUGGGUGGAGAGUGUGGAGGUUUUCAGCUGGGGACAGAUACUCGUCAGACUGCUUCUACUGGGGGACAAUGACUGGAUCAACAUGCAACAUAAAGACUGACAGCAGCAGUGAUGCAGUGUACUGGUGUGAGUCUGGAUCAGGAGAGUUCAGCAACGCAGUCAACAUCACUGUACAGGAUGGAGAUAUGAUCCUGCUGAGUCCUGCCCGUCCUGUGACUGAAGGACAUUCUGUUAGUCUGAGCUGCAGAUUAAAAAGAAGAAAAUUUGACUCCACUGUGUUUUUCUAUCACAAUGAGAAAGUCAUUCAAAGUGACAGCAGAUGGGAGUUAAAUAUCUCUGCAGUGUCAAAGUCAGAUGAAGGAUUCUACAAGUGUCGACACUCAGGACGAGAGUCAGCACAGAGCUGGAUGUCAGUUCAGGCAAACAGACCAAAGGCUGAACUGAGGGCUGAUGACAGAGACAUUCCUGUAGGGGGCAGUGUGACCCUGACCUGCUCUGUGAAGCCAUCAUCAUCUGGUUGGAAAUACUUCUGGUACAGAGGAGAGAAAACCUCUGAACCUCUGACCUCUCAACUCUCAGCUGGACCAAUCAGAGUCUCAGAGGGAGGAGUCUACUGGUGCAGAGGAGGAAGAGGAGAGCCAGUUUACUACACAGAGUUCAGUGAUCCAGUCACUAUCUACAAAAUCAGUCCAAACAAGGCUGUUGUGACUCUGCAGCCAAACUGGUCUGAAGUAUACAGAGGAGAGAGGAUCACUCUCAGAUGUGAGAUCACAGAUGGAGGAGACACUGAGUGGGAGUAUGAAUGGAGAACAACCAGCUCAGAAAAACCUCCAGAUCAAAAUAAACACAGUAUUAGUUUUGUGACUGAAUCCCACAGUGGAGACUACAGGUGUAAGGGCAGAAAGAAACAUACGCAGCAUUCUUCAACAGGUUGGAGUGAUCCCAUCAAACUGACAGUAUCAGGCGAACCUGAUCCUGUCUUCACUGUGUCUCCAUCAUGGCUGAGUGCUGGAGCCUCAGUGACUCUGAACUGCAGAGUUGACGAUCCAUCUGCAGGAUGGAAGUUCUACUGGUAUAAGAGGGUUCCUGAUCCAUCAGACUACUACAGAUAUAAUCAGCUACCUGGCAGCAGCAGUGGGACUGAACAGGAUUCCUACAUUGUUCAUGGACAGACACACACAGCAGGAUAUAGUUGCAGAGCUGGAAGAGGAGAUCCAGAGUAUUCCUCUUAUUACAGUUACCCUAAGUACGUCUGGUCUGCAGAUUUUAACUCAUCAGCAUCUCUCACAGUGAGUCCUGACAGAGCUCAACACUUCACCUCUGACUCUGUCUCACUGAGCUGUGAGGGAAACUCUACUGAGUGGAGAGUGAAGAGGUUAUUAACUGAGGACAGAUACUCGUCAGCCUGCUCCUCCUACUGGGGGACAAUGACUGGAUCAACAUGCAACAUAAACACUGACAGCAGCAGUGAUGCAGUGUACUGGUGUGAGUCUGGAUCAGGAGAGAUCAGCAACGCAGUCAACAUCACUGUACAGGAUGGAGAUAUGAUCCUGCUGAGUCCUGCCCGUCCUGUGACUGAAGGACAUUCUGUUAGUCUGAGCUGCAGAUUCAGAAGUCAAACAUCUGACUCCACUGUGUUUUUCUAUCACAAUGAGAAAGUCAUUCAAAGUGACAGCAGAUGGGAGUUAAAUAUCUCUGCAGUGUCAAAGUCAGAUGAAGGAUUCUACAAGUGUCGACACUCAGGACGAGAGUCAGCACAGAGCUGGAUGUCAGUUCAGGCGGUGUCCAGGCCUGACAGCUCUUCAUUUCCUGUACUGUUGGUUGUUGGGCUGGUUUGUGGAAUCGUUCUUUUUAUUCCUCUGAUCGUUUUGUUUUGCUACAGAGCGUCCAAGGAUUCAUGCUUCAUCAGACCAGUCCAGUCUGAGAGCACCAACACAGAUCAUGUGGACCACAAGAAUGAUGGUGAUGUUUGUCUCUAUGAAACAAUCGGAGACCAUGAAGAAGCUGAACAUGAUUCAUGCUUCGUCAGACCAGUCCAGUCUGAGAGCACCAACACACAUCGUGUGGACCAUGAAAAUGAUCAUUACUCUGCUCUUCUCCACGGUGAUGUUUGUCUCUAUGACACAAUCAGAGACCGUCAAGCUGAACAUGAUUCAUGCUUCGUCAGACCAGUCCAGUCUGAGAGCGCCAACACAGAUCAUGUGGACCAUGAAAAUGAUCAUUACUCUGCUCUUUGCCAUGGUGAUGUUUGUCUCUAUGACACAAUCAGAGGCCAUCAAGAAGCUGAACAUGCUCAAUAAAGAAAUCUGUAUCAACUAAACCAACAGAACAGACGACAACAUGAAAAACUCCAUCUGUACUUUGACAGCUUCUCUGUGAUCACUGUGUGCAGCUGUGCUGAACAAACAACACACAGCAUUUUGUAAAGUUAAUCUGACAGCAGCUCAUCUAAAAUAACUGUAUCAUGUGGUUUUAAUCUUCUGUUGUAUUUGGUAUAAAGAGUUUAGAUCGUCACAUAUAAUCAUUGAAAUGUUUGGUUGUUCACGUCCGGUAUGUUCUGACACCUUUGUUGUUGUUUGUUGUUGCAGAGAACAAAUAUUGUGUGUGGACACUCGGAACGAGGUGACAGUGCCACUUUAAAGUCAGCUUCUUUUGUAGCAUCUGAAUAAAAAGAGUUACACAUUUAUAACUUUUGAUGUAUUUUAUGUGAAGAACACUUCCCGUUAAGCUUCUUCUGUCAUUUUAUAAAAUGCUUGAUAUUCACUGCAUUUCAUGUUUUUAUAUAUAAAUGACUUUUAAAAGGUGGAUGACCAUUUUCUGCAUCAAUAAACUUGUUCC